AUAUACUUUUAAAUAUUUAUAAUUUUUUCGUAAGAUUAAAAUUGCUAUAAAAAAUCUGAUGAAAGUAAACCAAAACAGCAGAUAGUAACAAUAUACGAGUACCAUCAAAACCCACGAGAUUCUGACGCCACAUAGUUUCACCUCACGGCCAUGCUUCGCUCCACGUCGUGGCCAAGAGAUGUCAAUGGCCACCUGGCAGACCACUCUCGAUGUCGAUGGGAAUUGGGUCCUUUCUAGAAGCAAUCAUACAAAAGUACUGCGUAAACAGAAGUAGAAAACUCCAGACGUCUCAGGAAUAGGUUGUUCUAGCUGAUGGAUGAUCCUAUAAAUACCCUGCGUCGUAGUGAGCUGCAACCCAAGCGAAGAGAUCACGAAACGAUAGCAAAGCGCAAGUGCUUAACACCUCCUGUUAAUCCACUCGGUUCUGCUCAUCCACACUACAGAGCAGCAGUAAUGUCGUUUGUGAGGCGCGGCAACGUUUUCAACCCCUUCUCCCUCGACCUCUGGGACCCAUUCGACAACAUGUUCCACUCCAUCGUCCCGUCGGCGGCGUCCUCCGACACCGACACUGUUGCCUUCGCCAACGCCCGCGUCGACUGGAAGGAGACGCCCGAGGCGCACGUCUUCAAGGCCGACCUCCCCGGCGUCAAGAAGGAGGAGGUCAAGGUCGAGGUGGAGGACGGCAACGUGCUCGUCAUCAGCGGCCAGCGCAGCAAGGAGGAGGAGGACAAGAACGACAAGUGGCACCGCGUCGAGCGCAGCAGCGGCAAGUUCCUCCGGCGGUUCCGCCUGCCGGAGAAAGCCAAGGUGGACCAGGUGAAGGCCGGGCUAGAGAACGGUGUGCUCACGGUCACCGUGCCCAAGUCGGAGGUGAAGAAGGCCGGGGUGAAGGCCAUUGACAUCUCUGGCUAAGGGCUCAUCAAAGUCGUGCUAGCUGUGUCGUGUGCUCGGGUCGUGCUUGGUCCGUGUGUUUCGAGUGCUAUCGUGUCUCAUGUGUCGGUCAUCUCGUUCGUGGUCAAUGUGAUUUUGUCGGUUCGACCCGAUGCACACUGUUGACACUGUGUAUGUCAGUCCAGUCGUGUUUUUGGUGUCUUGAGCAAUAAAUCAAAAUAAAGCGUUUU